AUGGCCGAGGAAAUCAAAUCGUUACCCUUCUCCGACUAUCCGCUCAACCUACCCGACGAUUUUGCGCUGGGGCAAGACCGAGUUCAAUAUCAAGACCGGCUCAACAAACACAUCCGGUCAAUAUCAGCCAAGAAGACAGUGAACUUCCAAGUCUUUGAGUCAACACCGGGUUCCCAACUACCGAUCCAGCGCGUCGUUGAGGACCAGCAAAGCGCAUGUCAAGCAAUCUCUGAGUCUCGCUCUGGAGAGCUCGACUGCAGGAUAUUCUCAUUCGUCCAAAAGGACUCACUCCGUCCAUUUUUAGUCACAGCUCCUUUGCUGUGGGAGCUUCUGGAUGCAUACCAGCUACCCUUGCCAUUCCUGGAUGUCCUGUUCGCAGUGCAUACUGAGACGUGCAUCUCGGAAGAGAGCUACGGGAAUGUUUUUCUGCAAAAGUCAACUGAGCCGUCUCCAUCUUUUGGUAAGCCGCAUUCCGAAGGCUCUGUGGUGUGGUCGGGUUUAACGUCUGUUCAAGAGCUCUCAUAUCAGUUCAAAUAUGCAGAGGCAAACAACCGGUCUCGAGCCUUUCCUUGGUCGAUUCGGCGGACUGAGGUAUUCAACCGCAUUGAGACUUCGAGCCAUGGCUUGAGAUCCACCUGGUUGAUCUUCAAUCCGAAGGAAGACUCAGACUUGAGUAGAAGAUUGAACCACAAGGCCCUGGAACCCAACGAAUGGAGUGCGCUAAAGGCCAACCCGCUGCGACUGCACAUCUCCAUCUUGUCUGCAUAUAUAGACAACUGGAGAGACUUCCUGGCCGACAUUGGAAAGCAGUACUCGGAGCUGAAAAAGCUGGUGUGGACUGCUGAUAUCGAGUCUGAGGUCAGCUUCUCGGAGACGCUGAGCUUCAAGUCCAUGCGGUCGCUGCGAGGUCUGGAGGAGAGAGUGCAAAGUGUCCAAGUCACGUUGAGACAGACCGAGAAGCUGGUUCAAACAUUACAAGAGCUGAACCACAGCAUGCUCCAGAAUGAUGCGUACGCCCAAACCGAGUUUACCAUCACUGCCAAUGCCCUGAAGACCGUCAUGAUCAGGCUCGAAGGGUAUCAGACAUCCGCAGAAGCUCUUGAACUUCGCGUCCAGGGCAUUUUGAGACUUGUCACGGACGCUCUGAACGUGAAGAACCAGACGGCUGCUGCGAAAGUCCAGAAAUUCGCAGCCGACAAUCAAGCAGUCAGCACGGAGAUCAGCAAGGGCGUGUACGCCCUCGCCAUGGACAGUGUCGAUGACAGCACCAUCGCCCGCAUCGUAACCCUGGCGACGCUGAUUUACCUGCCAGCGAGCUUUGUGGCGUCGCUGUUUGGCAUGAACUUCUUCGAUUUUGACGAGGGUUCGCGUCGAAUGAAUAUAUCAAAAGAUGCGUGGAUAUACCUUCUGGUGACUAUCCCGUUGACGGCUGUGACGGGCUUGGCAUGGUGGUGCGCAGCACGGAGACAGAGAAUGAAAAGAGCGUCGAGAAGACAGCCGCCGGAUGUUUGA